AAAAAACCGACAAACGGCGCUAACAGCUCGCUUAUCCCGAGGACAACAGCCAAGGCACACACACACACACACACACACACAAGCGAGAAGGAGGCCAUGAAGUCCGACAUCCAAACAUCCUGCCUGCUGGUCCUGACGAUCUUGGCCAGCACGCGUCAUGUCCUCGGCUUUCUGACAGCUACGGGCCACGCGACAGCGUCUCGCAAUGGAGCAGCUGCUGCUGCUGCUGCUGCUGCUGGGGAACACCAGCAUUCACGUGCCUACUUAGCUGGAUUGGGAGUCGGAGGAGUUGGAGGAGUCGGAGCUGGAGCUGGGGCAGCUGAGGACGACGAAGGCGCCGCCUUUGAGCAGCGACAACCCAACUUGAAUGCGCAGCAACGUAACGUUUACGAUCCUGGAGAUGAGCUGCUGCACGCGCUGAACGCGGAGUUGGGCCAGGAGCCGGAGACGGCACCGGAGACGGAGCCAGAGCCGGAGCCAGAGCAGGAGCCAGAGCCAGAGCCGGAGCCGGAGACGGAGCGAGAGUUUGCGAAUGCCGUUUACAAUGAACUCGAGGUGGCCAGCAAAUAUGAUAUGCUCAAGAAGCUGGAGCAGGAUUUGCGCGCCGAGCAGGAACUGGUCGACAAAUCCGCUUUGCUCAUGAAAAUGCUAGAGGAUCCCUCGCUGGAUAAGCUGCCGCUGGUCUAUGUGGAGGAGGAGGAGCAGUUGCCGGCGGCAAUUGCCGGCGAUGAUUACCCCGAGCUGGACAACAGCAUUGGCAGCCUGGUGCUUGGCCCCAACAAGCCGAAGCGUUCCCGUUAUUAUCGUCGUUAUCCCUGGAAGCGACACAAUCGCAAUCGCGGUUCUUACAUGAAUUCUAUCAACAGCAAUUAUGAACCGGAACUGCGUUUCGCCUGCACGCCUAGCAAGGAGGAUAUAUUCAAGCUUCUGGUCAAUUUGCAUGAGAAUCGCAAGGGCAAUCACAGCAAGACGGUUAACUUUUGUCAUCGCAAGCGGCCAGCCAAGGUCGUAUUCACCAAUAUACGAUUCCUCGGCUAGAUCCGGACAGGACACAAACACAAUACACACGCAAUACACACACACGCACACGACACACACACACAUAUGUAUACCAAGCAUCAAUUGUAUAUUGCUGACAAAGUCAAGCGCGAAACUGGAGAACAACAAGCACUAACAAUUAGCUAACUAAUUAAACUAACUAAACUAAACUAACCAACAAUUAGAUAAAUUUUUAUUGACCUUUUACCCCCUGCCAUACUUCGUGCAAUGAGUUUGUUACAAGCCAAUUAGCCAACACUUAAAACAUUUCCCAACUCUAGUGUUAAACAACUUCAACUUUUGAUAUCUCUAAAUGUGUUGUAUAUACUUACACCUCUACAUACUUAUAUAUUUAUAUAUGUGUAUGUACAUAUGUGUAUAAUUAAAGUUUUACUAGUUUAUGCAAAUAUCAAUUUAAUACACAUGCCAGUAAAUGUUUCAAGCGUGUCAUAUCAUUAGAAUGCGUCAAUCGGUGUUGGUAGUCAAAGUAUUAUAAUGUUAACGUAACCUAGAAAAAUGGAUUGAGCCUAAUUAUAUCUAAAUAUUAUCUAUUGUAUGUAUAAAUCAAAAAUCAAUGUGUAUAUAUCUAUACUUAACCAAUAAUUCUUAAUAAAUAUUAAUAAUAAUAAUUAUAAUGUGUACGAAUC